ACAGUCUGUUAUAAAAAAAACAAAGUUUUACAAUUGAAAUUUGAAUAGAAUAAUUUCAAUUUUUCAAUUCACAAUUUCACAUAUUUCGUUUAACGUUUACAAUAAAUUAUCUGUGUGUCAAACUUAUGUAAAUAUUAAUUAAAACACGCUCACUCUUUGUUUGAGAAGUGUCACUUAUGACUUAGAUAUAUAUUAAUUAAAUUAAAACCAAACAAUGUGUUUUUGAUAUGUACAAACAAAGUACCUAGUAUAUUCACCUAAAACCCUGACUUUUGAGUCCCUGUAAGACCUAAAAUAAGACAAUAUCUUUUUAUGUCAAGGCUUCAAAUCGCCUUUUAAAAUGUAUUUUGUAUUAUUAGCCUUUAUAUUUUAUAGAGGAGUAACUUCUAUUAGUGACAUGACGGAAAGUUCAUUUGGUAAAAGCAAUAAAGGACUAAUUGCUGCAUUUGGUGACUUUAAUUCAGAUGAAUUGACAGAUGCGUUUAUUAUAAAUGGAUCCACUAUUGAGGUGCUUCUAGCUCAUGACAAGGAACCUUUUCUAAGACCAUCUCUUAGUUGUAAUUUUAGCAAUGACAUUAUCACUAGUAUAGUUCCAGGUGACUUUGAUGGAGAUGCUUACAUGGAUAUUUUAUUUACUAAAGCUGUUCAAAAUGAAACAUCUUUACAUGAAGUACAUAUAUUAUGGGGUGGAAUGCCAGACCUUAACUGUAGUAAUGCUAAUUCAAUAAAAGCAGUAACUUUUGGCCAACCACUAGUACUUGAUUAUAAUCGUGAUAUGAUAUUAGAUCUUUUUGGUAUGAAUGCUCAAAAGGAAAGAGUUUUUUGGGUAUUUGAUAACUCAAGGUCUACUCCUAUGGAAAUAAUUAUGGGCAAUGAUAAGUAUAAGGAAAUCAAAUUGCCUCAUUCACAUUCAUUUUUAGAUGUAAAUGAUGAUAAUGCAGCUGAUCUUUUAGUGACUACAAAAUUGGAUGUUGAAGUAUGGUUAAAUGAAGAACCAAGUGGUUUUAAAUAUAAUAACAGUAUUGAACUUCUUGUUGGCUUUGCAACAAUAUAUGGUCAAGCAUUGUUUAUUGAUGUAGCUUUAUCAGGUGAAUUCUUUUUAGUUCUACCAGUGUGUUAUGAUCUUGGAUGUAUUAACAGCACAAUCCUGAUAUAUGAUAAUAAACAGUGGCAUGAUUUACAAGUUGACUUUAAUGAUGGAAAAGGAACUUUAUGGCAUUUUAUACCACCAAGAGAUGAGCCUUAUUUAGAAACAAUAACCAUGAGAAGCGGGGAUUACAAUAUGGAUGGAUAUCCUGAUAUUCUUAUGACACUCAGUCCUACAAGUAACAAUAAUGAGACUAAAGUAUUUUUAAUGCACAAUGUAGCAUGCAAUCUACCAGGAUGUAAAUUUCAUAGAACUUUUGAAGUUCAAUGGGAAAAAUUUGAUUCUUUUGGAAAUAAUGUUGUUAUGGGAACUUUUUACGACUUUUACAUGGAUGGAGUGCUUGAUGUAAUUUAUGUCCAAAAAAAUAUAACCACAGGAAAAUACUUAAUGAAAGCUUUUCGUAAUGAAUUGGAGUAUGAUACCAAUUUUGUUAAAGUAAUUGUAGUUACUGGCCUUAGUAAUAAAAAAGUACCAACCAUAAAUGGCACUCUAUACACCAGAAAGGUUACAUUUGGAACUAAUUUGCCAGGACCAAAGAUUGGUUACAACACAUGGUCUCAGGAAGGUACAUACAGGACUGGAGUUUGUGCACAAUUACCACAAUCAGCAUACUAUGCACUUCAAUUACCAUAUUCCAUAUUUGGUCUAGAUCGUACUCCAAAUUUUGUUGAUACUUUAACUGUGGGACUCUCUGGUUACUCUAAAAGCUGGACUCAGAUUAUACCAAAUUCCCAAAUAGUUUUAAUACCUGCUCCACCCAAUGAUCCCUCACAAUGGAGAGCUCAGUUAUUUGUUACUCCAAGCAAAGUUAUUCUUAAGAGUGUAUUUGUAUUAACUGCUAUAGUUAUAGUAAUUAUUGGAUGUGUUUUAUAUUUGCAUUGGAAGGAAAGAAAUGAUAGACAGGAUAUCAUUGAAAUUGAUGACAAAACUUAUGUUAAGUUAUAAAUCUACCCUUAUAUAUAGUAAAAUGUUUAAGAAAGUAUUGUGAUAUUCAUACAAAUAUAUUAAUAUAAUAUCAUUAUAUUCCAUGAAUUAGGACUGAUUAUAGUUUUAUUGAUUAA